CUGCGGCGACGUCUUGGCCGGCGAGCAGCGUUGGGAAAACGCGACACUUAAACGCACUUAAACGUUUUGUGCGACAGUAUGAAAGUCUGUUCGAGUUCCAGCCUCGUCAUUAAAGCCGCGAUUUACACUGCAAUCAUUUCAGCGGUGCAAGGCGAUUUCUCAACACACACCACCGACCCGUCACCCCCCUCUGUGGACAAGAGCCGCCAUGGUGACUUUGUGCGCUUUGACGUGGCCCCUGACACCGUGGCAGUCACCUCCAGCGUGCAGGUGAGGUACAGGUGCACCAGGUCCUGCAGAGUCACGCUCGAGGCCGUCGUCUCCACGCCGCAGACCGCCGGACAGGUGACCUUCAGGAGAACGUGGACGCAGCUCGGGAGAUUUGGAAAAGCAAGAACUAGGCGGGUCCAGCUGACUCUCCCUCCCGCCGUGGUGUACAGGAGAGAUUUCUUCGUUAGGCGGCCCGUGGAGGUCCACGAUGCAAUGCUGAGGGCAUGGCUGGUCCACCUGGACGUGCACGAAGGCAACGGCAGUCGCAAUGGAGUCGCAGGAUAUCGCCAGUCCUUGGUGGGGACGUUUAAAGUCCUGCGGGUGGUCCCGCUCUCCGAGCGGUCUGGCCAACCGCAGACCAGAUCAGUGGCAUGGGGGGCGGAGCUGUUGUGGAAUCUGACCAAAGACAGAAUAGAGCAGUGUUCACAUGACUCAGCUGUUGUGGAUCUGCUAGCGUUCCCCUUUGCCAGCACCGGGGAGCGCUAUGGAGUGAUCCGCACACUGACCGCCUUCACCUGCGCUGAGCUGGGGAGUCUCUGUCUCAGUGGUGCACCGCAGUCCAGAGUGACCCUGUCGGUGUGGUUGUACCUGCUGAACCAGUGCGGACAAAAGUUGUGCGGAAUCGUCAGGCACGUCACCGAGCACAGGACCUACGGAGCGCCGCUCUUGAUGCUAAACAAGUCAGGUAAACUGGUGGUGCAGGUACGUUUGGUCUCCAGAGAGGAGGAGGCCUUCAUAGUCCACACCGUCCUGCCUCUGCUGACCUGGAUCAGACUGGACCUCUUCAUUCACGCCUCAGUGGUGAAACUCGUAAUCACAGAUGUGAAGCCUACAGGGGGCGUAGCAGAGACAACUCACCUCUAUGAGUUCGGCAGCAGCGUUAUACUCAACGACACUUCAGGAUACUUCGCCAUCGGUGGCGACGUCUACAUGCCAGGGAUCCACGGGUAUUAUGGACCAAUCAAAUAUUACCGUCUGGGAUCCGAAAAGGUGGUGAAUCCCCUUUCUCCGUCGAGGACCCUGAGCGAACUGGACAGGGUCCACAGAGAGUGUGAAGAGACGCGAGAGAUCACUGACAGAUACCUACGCGCUGUACGAGAGAGCAGAGCACGUCCUGCCAAUGACUCGUGCGAGGCAUAUUCCGAGGGGUUGUGGAGGAGGAUUGCCCCGGCCAAGUGCAUGCAAGCCUGGUCCUGGGAGCAGCAGGCGAAACACGCCGCCGUACUGCAGAUUCUCAAAACGCACGAGGAAGAACUGACCUCAGGCCGGUGGAGCGGCGAGAGAGCAGCGUUGCACCUCAGCCAGCAUCUCUUCCUGGUUGCAACGAAGAGCUUGUCUACGGCGGGCGGGCCGGGGGCGGGGCCUUCCCCCGUAGACCUGCUGCGGCUCUGCUCCUGCUGGGGGCACCAGCAGGCCUCUGUCAUGCUUGCUGCCCUGCACCUGGCUGGCAUCGGGCUGCCCGCGGACCAGGAGCAGGGUCACGUGCACAGCCUGAUGGGUGGUGCAGGGGACAACCGCCUAGACCUGCUUCACCUGGGCUAUAAGCACAUGCAGGGUCUCGACGGCUUCCCCGAGGACCAGGACGUGGCCUACGGUUACUACGCCAACGUGGGCCAGCAGACCAGCACGGACCGCGACCAGGUCCACGACUCCGAGCAAUCCCUGACCGAGCACGUGCACCUAACCCACGCUGCCGAGCUGCAGACACAGACGGGAGAGGAGGGAGACCUUGUGCAGUUCCUCAGGCUCCAGGCCGAGGGCGGGGACUUGGAGGCCCAGAAAACGCUAGCACGGAUGCUGUUCUGGGGCAGUAACGGCGUGAGGAAGGACAUCAGCGCGGCUCUGAGGUGGUACGCCCAGAGCGCACUGCAGAUGAGCGACGCAGCAGCCAUGUACGACUACGGCAUCCUGCUGCUGAAGGGCACUGGAAUGAAGAAGAAUCAAACCCUGGGACUGAAGCUCUUAAAGAAGGCAGCUGACAUGGGCUCUGUGGAUGCUCUGAACGGUCUGGGCUGGUACUACAGCGCGGCUGGACAGGAUGACAGGAAAGCCGUGCGUUAUUUCCAGUUGGCUGCCCGCAACGGCAGCCGGGAUGCGAUCUUCAACCUGGGUGUGUAUCACCUGAACGGGGCCAACCCGGACAUGCCCAGCACGAAUGAGACGGCCGCGUUUCAGUGCUUCCUGUCAGCGGGCGAGCAGGGUCAUGUGGAAGGGGCGGUAGAAGCAGCAGCGCAGCUAGCCAGGGGCAGUCUGGCCGGACUGGCCAGGGACCCCGCCAAAGCUGUGGUCCUAUUGAAGAUGGUUAGUGAGAAGAAUGGGCACCUGGGCUUCACCAUCCGAGAAGCUCUCAAAGCUUAUCAACAGGGAUCAUUGGAUGAGGCCCUGCUGAAAUAUGCUAUGCUAGCAGAGACUGGUCUUGUAGUGGCACAGUUCAAUGCAGCGUACCUUUGUGAGGUGCUACAGCAUGCCUCCGCCUGCCACUGGAGGUAUCACAACUACUCCACCCAUAACCACGCCCCUCACGAGGCUGGUCUUCUAAAGAUGGGCGAUUACUACAGUGCAGGGGGUGAUAUGGUAAAGGCUAUAGCUCUGUACAGCAGGGCGGCGCUACAGGGCAGUCCUCAGGGGCUGUACAACCUGGCAGUGCUAACUCAGGCAGGCUACAGCGUCCCUGACAGUGUCCUGGAACAGAUGCAGAUUCAGCCCGAAACCCAACUGGACAAGAGAGCCGUGGUGGAGAGACUCCUGCUGAGGUGCAGGAGGUUCGAGGGGAAGGAGGACGACCUCGGCCCCUGCUUCCUGGCCCUGCUUGGGCUCCGUCUGGGAGGAGCGUGGCGAGCCAUCGCACGCAGCACCGUGCAGCUGGCCCUGGCUAGCCUCGCGCUCACGGCUUUCGUUGCCCUGCUACUGGCCGGCCUCGCGCAAAGCGCUCUCUCUCACUUCUCUUCACAGCAGUCACGCAGUCAACCUGAUCAACCAAUAGGGGGUGCCGGGAGAAUCUUACUGCGCCCAGCAGCUCGCCACGGAGGCUCACCGGUUCCCUCAGGGGUUGACGGAGAGGUUCAGAGUAACCCACCCCACGAGAGCCAAAACAGCCGCUGGCUGCAGGAAGCCACUGACGUGGUCGUCACGGCGACUGGAGUGUGCCUGUGCGCCCUGUGCAUGCUGUUUGCGUCCCACCUGCUUUGAGUGACGGCGACCGUGCGGACGGACGGAGGCAGAGAAGAUACGGAGACCGGCCGUACCAGAAAGCAGAGGGCCCUCACAGAGCCUCGGACGUCCCCCCGUACCCCGGGCCCAGAGAGCAGCAGGAUGACAACACCCCUGCACGCACGGGACGGACAUGUUUACUCCGUGUUUGCUUACUUAUUUAUUUAUUCCUUGUCAUGAAAUUCAAGGUUCGGGAGUCCUUCAACUUUUUCAGGAGGGCAAUUCGUGUAUGGUCAAGAAUAAGGUUGAUAUGAAAACGCCAUUGCGAAUCCGUAGCGAGAACGGCAGGCUACACGCUUCACGCUUCAAUUAUGACUGUGUUAUUCAACCUGGAGCCACAAGGUGGCACCAAAGAAACGUUACCGUCCGUCCGCACCAGCAGCCAAUCGGCGGGGACUCGUUAAGCUUCGUUAUUGCGGUCCGUCAGGGACAGCAUGCUCCAAACACGCUCCCACGGGAUGCUCCCACGCUUUUAAAUGACUGCUGAGUACUGGGAGCAGUUGUCCAUUAACACUUUUACAACUGCACUUACCAGACUUUUAUUAUUACUAAAAGGUCACUUUUGAUAAUCUAUCGACAUCAUACAGCUGGUUUCCAUAUGUUAAUUACAUAAAUGAUAAUUUUUUAUAUUUUAGUAUAACA